GUCUCAUUUAACGUUUUUCAUGCACACACUGCCCAGGGGUUGACACUGACUUCCGUCACGACGCCAAGAACCCAUGGCAACUAGCUAUUAAGAGCAGGCUCGCCGACGACGCGGUUUCGCCCGCUGACUAUCGAUUGCUGUGUCGCAUUGCGUCACCGGUCCACACGUGGUGCCCUUGCUUCAUGUUUACCGCUAACGUUUGGGCACCUUCCUCUCCCUAGGGUCACAGGUACCAACUUUAUGUCGUUUCCACCCAGUUGUCGGCACCGGGCAUGGACAAGGUCUGUAUGAUAAGUCGUAAUUGGUGAAUUCCUCGCGACACGCGGCGCCCGUGCCAGCUGCGGUGCCGACGUCAGUCUUUUUCCCUCAAAUGUGUGAGCCACUCUAGCGGUGUGGCGUUUGGAAACUACUACUUCCCGUGUAUUGGGAAGAGUAGAUAUUUCAGUUCCAACGAUCUGAGAUUUCGCCUCGCUUCAUCAGGAGAAACCAACGUGUUACUCGCCCCAAGCGUCUCUGGUGUGCCCGGAGAGGCCUUUUCCGCGGCAAACCUUGCUGGCGAUGAGGCCCGGACAGAGGAGGGGAGAGGAGAUGACACGUCGACAGGUCAAUAUUUCCUUCUGGAUGAUGGGCAUGAGACCGUGUGUCUCGGUAUGAAAAGACUGCAGAUGUCCUUCUGGUGGGUGUUGAGGAAGGCAACGGGUUCCUCUCAGUGUACGGCCAUUACGUGUCCAGACCGUGGGACCUGCGCGAUUUCAACCUUAACUCGAAUCGUCUAGCCCAAAGGCCCUAAACUAUAAAUUGCCCGCUCAACAGGUGUAAAGCCUUUUUCAUCUAAGAGACUUGCUAGCUCGCAUGCACUCACGCCAUCCGCUGAUGCUUUUUUUCCGUCAGUCGUCGCCAUGCAUUCCACGAGGCGCCUUUGGGCCUCCGUUGGCGUUCUUUCAGCCGCCAUCUUUAUCAGUGCCCUGUUCCAAGCAGACAGGGGAGAGGGACACAGAUUCAAGGGUUCUGCCUACACCGACGCAGACGCUGACACUACUGAUAACCAUGUGAAUUUACAUACGGACUGGUCGUCCCAAUCCCGGAAGCAUGGUUUGAAACCUAUUCACAGGCAUCAUAGAGAUACUGAUAGUUACGCGCCCCCUUCAAAUUCCGCCUUCAAUGACGCGACAUCUCCUCGGAACUCCUCCUUCCUUCUUCCUACACCUUCAACCGGAACUACGGAGACAAACUUGAGUAUCUCCGGCGCAGUUCCUGUUGAACCUUUUUCUCCUUCUCGAACUGUCAAACGCGCCAUCGCAAAUGGUCGACCGGAAAUUCUUGCAAUGCUGCCAGCCGCAUCACAUGCACCACUGCCACCUAUUAUGAAUCCUGCGUCCCGGGCAGGGCUCGAGGAGACAGCUGAUCCGAGCCGGGUGGCAACGCAACCCGCGGCUCCAUCACAAACUGGAGUUCCUACAGUGUUUGCGCAGUCUCUGUCACGUGUAGCGCCCGCAGUGGCACCACCAGUGGUGGCUCCCGAAGGAGCGGUUGCAGCCACCGUUCCCGUCCCCGUAUCAGCUGGACAGAACCAAGGAAUCCCUCUUGUUGCAGGUGAAGGAGGCGUCUUGGAUGCUCAUGCCGUCUCACCACCGAUGACGAACCAAGGUGCACUGGGUUCCGUUGGUGUGACUACGACUUCUGUUUUGCCUGCUACGACCUCUGGUGUAGGCGUCGUUCCUCAGUCAGAGAAGCCGCUUGCCCCUGCAACAACACCAACAACUGUACCGGCUCCAGUCCCUGCUGGAGAACAGCCAGCAGUCAACGCUGAACCGGUGGUAGCAGCUGCUGCUUCAACCGCUGCAGCUCCAACACCCUCAGCAGCUACAGCACCUCAAACAGGGGCAGUCGCACCAGCAGCUCCUACAGCACUUCCAGCAGGUGCAGCCGCACCAGCAGCUGCUACAUCAAUUCCAGCAGGUGCAUCCGCACCAGCAGCUGCUACAUCAAUUCCAGCAGGGGCAGCCGCACCAGCAGCUGCUACAUCAAUUCCAGCAGGGGCAGCCGCACCAGCAGCUGCUACAUCAAUUCCAGCAGGGGCAGCCGCACCAGCAGCUGCUACAUCAAUUCUAGCAGGGGCAGCCGCACCAGCAGCUGCUACAUCAAUUCCAGCAGGGGCAGCCGCACCAGCAGUUGUUGCAGCUCCUGCUUCACCUCCUGCAGCUUCUUCCUCCACAGGUUCAUCGGCUGUUCCCGCGGCGGCAGCUAGCACCGGUGCUCCUCCCGCUCCCGCAGCGAUGGCUGGAGCCAUAGGGACAAGUGGUGGUGCCUCCGGUGUUUCACUGGUACCACAAGCAGUUGCAGGAGCGACUUCAGCAUCAGCAGGAGAGAAUGUGCCGGCAGCAGCUGGAGUGACUGGUGCUUCUGCUGUCACAAGGAGAUCAACUGUAGGAAACAACAGACUGAUGGUAACCGACUCUGUUGAGGGCGCGCCCGAUGCGCAAGAAGAGUUGCUGCUCGAUCCUUCAGUGGAAGAGAUCUCUGUCGGGUCGGUCGGCGCUAGAGUUAUCCACUCUCAACAGAGAGUCCGGACUGCUGCGGAAGCUUGCUUCGAUGCCUGCUCAUGCUGGCCGGUGUGGUCUAUCAGCAUCGUGGUACUCGUCGUCAACAUCGUUGCCAGCUUUGUCGCCUUUCACCUCACCGCCUCCCUGUAUUCGAAGGGACUUUUUUCGUCUCAUUUCUACAAGGGUGGCGGCUACUGGAUGAUUGGUGCAGCGAUCGGCGGGUUGGUGACGGGGGGCCUCAUCGGAGGUUUCGUCCCUCCCGCUUGCUGGGCGGGAGCUCUGUACCUCGGCGGUUCCAUGAUGUCACAGUCCAUCGCCAUUGUCCUUCUCGGUCGACGAGGUGCAUGGCUGGGAGCACUUGGCGGCGUUGGCUGUGGAGGGGUCAUCGGUUUCUUUACUGGAACAGGUGGCGUUGGCAUCAUGGUGGGGGUGUUUGUUGGUCUCCUCUUGGGCAUCGUUGUCGGCUUCGCCCCAGUUUGUCGAUCUCUGAAGCUUAAUGAGCGGUACAUCCGAGCGGGAAUGAGAGUUUCCAGCGGCCUCUCGUCACGGUUCUCUGAUGAUGGCCGCGAAAGCAAGCAUCACUCCGGAACAAUGACGCCCCUUUCUCCGAGAACAACACGCACGCCUACAAGCAGACGAUUGCCUGGGUCUGAGGUGGGAGCUACAUCUACUGUACAUUCUUCAAAGCGAUAUACAGAAGACCGCGUUCACGCCCUAGCGUCAGAUGGCGGCCGAAGUCGUCAGAAUGACGCUCCGGAUCAGGUCGAAUCAUAGAGACUAUGCAAAUAUGAAAAUACUCCCAAAAGCCUCUCUCUCAUAUCUCCCCCUUUUUCCGACGUAACUUCCGCUACUAAGGGCUUCGAAACAGCAAAGACCAAACUUCACUGCCCUGACUUUUUUUACACACUUGCACAAUUUGCUGAAGGCGGUAUCUCCUUGCCGCGAGACGAACAACGAUGUUCAAUUCAGCAAAAGCUGUGGCAACCGUCUCACGCCAUUCCACUUUUUCAAAGGGGUAGCUGCGCGGUCGUCGCAGUGUGCCUUCAUGGUGGGGUGGGACAUGCGCAAAUUUUGCUGCACGCAGGUGUAGCGCAUGUCACGGAAAAAGUGUGGUGUCAUACUGACAAGUACUGGUUGCCUUUCCUCUCUUUCCUCUGCUGAUAUUUGACGCCUGCACCGUCGCCCUCUCGUUUACAGUGCCAGUGGGACAUGUGAACUGUGAUUAUAUCAAACUGCAAAAACACCUGGGAAGCUUUGUCCACUGAAGUUGUCCUGAUGGCAAGGAAACCGCCAAAAGGGUGUUUAGAAGACUGGUUGCGAGGAAAUCACAUAGCAGGGCAAUGAUGCAUGCGAGCAAGCGCCGGAACCGUGAGAGAGUUUAGCCGGGACCGGCCCGAUGAGAACUGAAGACAAGCUAGCUCGGCUCCAGCCUGAAUCCUUACGCAGACCACGCGCAGUGC